GCCCACGCCACCGCCCACUCCGGGCUGGCCAGAGGCUGGCUGCUGGGGUGCAGACUAGGGCCGGGCAGGGCGAGCGCACGGCCAUGGCCCCGUGGCUGCAGCUCUGCUCCGUCUUCUUUACAGUCAACGCCUGCCUCAACGGCUCGCAGCUGGCGGUGGCGGCUGGCGGCCCCAGCAGAGCGCGGGGCGCCGACACCUGCGGCUGGAGGGGAGUGGGGCCGGCCAGCAGAAGCAGCGGGCUGCCCAACAUCACCUUCAGAUACGACAACUGCACUACCUUCGUGAACCCGGUGGGGAAACACGUGAUCGCCGAUGCCCAGAACAUCAGCGUCCGUCAGUACGCGUGCCGUGACCAAGUGGCCGCCACCGUCCUCUGGUCUCCGGGGGCCCUUGGCAUCGAAUUCCUGAAAGGAUUUCGCGUAAUACUGGAGGAGCUGAAGUCGGAGGGAAGACAGUGCCAACAGCUAAUCCUAAAGGACCCGAAGCAGCUCAACAGUAGCUUCAAAAGGACUGGAAUGGAAUCUCAACCUUUCCUGAAUAUGAAAUUUGAAACGGAUUAUUUUGUGAAGAUUGUCCCUUUUCCUUCCAUUAAAAAUGAAAGCAAUUACCACCCUUUCUUCUUCAGAACACGUGCCUGCGACCUGUUGUUACAGCCGGACAACCUGGCCUGUAAACCCUUCUGGAAGCCUCGGAACCUGAACGUCACCCAGCAGGGUUCGGACAUGCAGGUGUCCUUUGACCACGCGCCACACACCUUCGGCUUCCGUCUCUUCUAUGUUCAUUACAAGCUCAAGCACGAAGGUCCCUUCAAGAGGAAGACCUGUAAGCAGGAACAAAAUACAGAGACAACCAGCUGCCUCCUUCAAAAUGUUUCUCCUGGGGACUAUAUAAUUGAGCUGGUAGAUGACACCAAUACAACAAGAAAAGUGAUGCAUUAUGCCUUAAAGCCAGCGCAUUCCCCGUGGGCUGGGCCCAUCCGAGCCGUCGCCAUCACCGCACCGCUGGUGGUCAUGUCGGCCUUCGCGACGCUCUUCACCGUGAUGUGCCGCAAGAAGCAACAAGAAAAUAUAUAUUCACAUUUAGAUGAAGAGAGCUCGGAGUCCUCCACAUACACCACGGCGCUCCCCAGCGAGAGGCUCCGGCCGCGGCCUAAGGUCUUCCUCUGCUAUUCCAGUAAGGAUGGCCAGAACCACCUGAAUGUCGUCCAGUGCUUUGCCUACUUCCUCCAGGACUUCUGCGGCUGUGAGGUGGCCCUGGACCUGUGGGAGGACCUCAGCCUCUGCAGGCAAGGGCAGAGAGAGUGGGUCACCCAGAAGAUCCGCGAGGCCCAGUUCAUCAUCGUGGUGUGCUCCAAAGGCAUGAAGUACUUUGUGGACAAGAAGAACUACAAGCUCAGAGGCGGCGGCUGGGGAUCUGGCCACAGUGAGCUCUUCCUGGUGGCCGUGGCCACCAUUGCUGAGAAGCUCCGGCAGGCCCAGCAGAGCUCUGCUGCCGCGCUCAGCAGGUUCAUUGCCGUGUACUUCGAUUAUUCCUGUGAGGGAGACAUUCCCGGCAUCCUGGGGCUGAGCGCCAAGUACAAGCUCAUGGACCACCUGCCGCAGCUCUGUUCCCACUUGCACUCCCGGGACCACAGCCUCCCGGGACCGGGGCAGGGCCCAGUGCCCGUCAGCAGGAGGAACUACUUCCGCAGCAAAGCUGGCCGGUCCCUGUAUGUCGCCAUCUGCAACAUGCACCAGCUCAUCGACGAGGAGCCGGACUGGUUCGAGAAGCAGGUCGCGCCCUGGCGCCCUGUGCCCCUCUGCCGCCGGGGGCCGGCGCUUGGGAGGUCUGACUCCGGCUUGGUGCUGAACGAUGUCAUGUGCAAACCAGGGCCCGGGAGCGACUUCUGCCCCAAGGCCGAGGUGGCCAUGCCCAGGGUGCUGGCCGACUCACUCUGGGAGGGCCCGCGGCGGGGCCCGGACGCUGACGUGGAGGCCGCGCCCCGCCCGGGUGACAGCACCGCCGUCCUGCAACCCCUGCUGCACACGGUGAAGGCUGCCAGCCCCUCGGACAUGCCGCGGGACUCGGGCAUCUACGAUUCGUCCGUGCCCUCCUCCGAGCUGUCCCUGCCCCUCAUGGAGGGGCUCUCCGCAGACCAAACCGAGACGUCCUCGCUGACGGAGAGCGUGUCGUCCUCCUCAGGCCUGGGUGAGGAGGACCCUCCAGUCCCUCCCUCCAAGCUCCUUGCUUCUGGGGCGUGCAAAGCAGAACCUGGUUGCUGCAGCUACACUGGUGAACUCCAUGCAGUUGCUCCUUUGUAACGAAACGGAAGAGUCCAAGCAUUGCCACUUUAGCUCCUGCCUCUCUCUGGCUCGCCAGCCCAUCUCCAUCAUGGGGCCCACAGGGAGCUGAGGUCUCCUGCAAGGGUAUUUGGAGUGAGAUUCGGGCCAGUACUCGCUCUCCUGGCCCCAACCCUCUACCUGAUAUCUUGGCAAAGUCUCCAAUUCGCUGAAACCACAUGGCUCUCUGAAAGUCAGGUCCACAAGGUCUGGCAGCAGUUUGCCGCAUUAGGUCAGACCUUGGCUGAGAGCCCAUGCUGGGAGGUCGGGAGGACGCAUGUGGGCAGAAGCAGAAAAUACCUGCACGGGUAUUUCAGACUGACCUCCCCAAACAUUGCCUAUUCACCGUUGGCCACUUUGAUUUGAAAUGCCACGUGGAAAAAGCACUUUUAAUGCCUUCAUAGCCACUGAAAUCAGUACCAGCCUACCUGGAAUCCAUGUUGUUACUGACGACGAUCCUGCCUGUUUCUGGUGUAGACCCUAGGGCGUCACGAGUGUAGUGAACCGUCUAGAAGGUGACCAAGGACUAUCAUGAAACGAGUCUUUAUGUAUCAGUGGGUGGUGUGGCUGGCUGAAGGGGGGCUGCAGGGCCAGCUGACCACCUAGACCGUUCUCUCAGGUGGGUCGGUCCACACGCAGAAAGCACCGGAACUCAGCACCCAGGGCCACCCCUUGGUCUGAGUAGGCAUCGUGGGGUGGCAGGAUCUACCUGCCAAGUGUCCCUGGGUCGCCUUCAUGGCACUGUGUCUCUCAUGUUGGUGCCUGGCAGUCUUUUUUUAAGAGACUGAUACUCAGAGGCUGUACUGCUGGAAGUCGCAAUUUUUGCUUCAGUUGGCCUCUGGUCUAAAGCUGCAUCUGCAGUAACAAGGAUCAGAACCCAUGAGUCCAAUGCCGCAGCGUGUGGAGGGGCUGGGCAGUCAAUCUCCUCACUGGCUGGACCAGUGACAAACCUCUUUUUAAGAAGCUGAAAGGAGAGGAUUGUCAGAAAAAUGAGUGUGCCCUCAGAAUGCCAUCUGGAGAAGACAUGGGAGCUGAGAUCAUGAGUUCUUGAAUCUUUAAAGUUCUGCCCCGCAGCCCAGCCUGUGAGUGAGCUCCCACUCUGUGCCUCUGGUGUGCUCGCCCAGUGAAAGGUUUGUCUCUCACGCUCCGUCCUGCCACAAAACAGGUACUUAGAGCUUAGGAGGAAAGAAUUUCCUUUAAAAGGGGAAAGCAAAUACUCUCUUUUUAUGAAAGUCAUCUCUACGAAUUUCUCUUUCCAAAGGGAAAACCGUCUGAAUCCUGUUUGUUGAUCAGCACGUGUGUGAUGAUGUCUUGGUCUCCCCUGUGGAAACCCUUCUCUCAGUGCCCUUGAGGGGACAUGAGCCUCUUUCUCCGCCUUUUUCGUGGGUGCUGUCAGAUUUUGGCACCCUAUUUUCUCAGCACUAACACCGGAGACCUUGUGCCACUGCUUCAGCAAAUAGGACCAGCGUUAAGGGGGAUGUAGAGAAACCUCCCAAGGAGGGGUGAGCGGUGGGAUGGGGCAGGACUUCCGGCCCAAGCACAUGCUUGGCAGGUGGGGAAGGGAAGCUCUGUGUGUAUUUUUUAUGCAAAUGCCACACUCCCUGCUCUGUAAAGGCAGCUGGCAGCUUCUUGGGAGAAGAACGUGUGCAUUUGUUCUCUGGCAUUGAGUUUCCUGCAGCUGCUCUGAAGGGAGACAAGUGAGCUACAGGCCUGUCACCCCUCACCCCCAGAAAGCCAGGCAUCCUGUUGGAGGAGUGCCAUUCCAUGUUGUCACCGUGGAAUCCAGGGCAAGCACAGAGAUCCUGCCCACGUGUGACUCUCCCAUCUAUCCUUUGGCAUGUGCUCUGGGAAGACUGGUCAGUCCAAACUUGCUAGUGUAUGAAAGUCCACUUUGGAACAUUAUCAGAGAGAUGGAGGCCAAGAAAUGGUGCAUAUGCCACAGGAACUAUUAGGAGCCCCUGUUAGGAUACGUAUGUGGCUUUGCACGUGAAAUAAGCUAAUUUCUGAGAAAGCGGCCCUGGGGAAGGCCUGGGGGACAGGAUGGGUGAAGGGUGUCAGCUGGGCUCCAGGAGUGUGGGCAGAGAGCUUGUUUUGAACGUAGAAGAGAAAAAAUGUGCUAGUACAAAAAUCAGGUGAAGUUUUAGUUGGGAUUCAGCAGCUGGGUACUUAUUCUGAAGUGCUAAUGUCUCUGAUGCCCAAAAACCCAGACUCUUUGACAUAGCAAGACUGAAACCACGGUACGGAUGCUUGACUCAAAAUAAGUUGAGAAGUCCAACUUCUGAUUUUGCCCUGUUUCACAUUCUUUUCCACCCUCCCCAUCUCAUUCUGGAAAUGGGAAGAGUUGCCUUAGAGACUGAAUUUGUUUAAGCAGAGCUGUGAUUUUCGAUUCACAUGUUGUCCUGGACGGUGGAAAUGAUAAGAUGGAAUUCAGAUAAAGGUUCUGCCAAGUCACAGGCUUUCAGAAAGUGGGGAAACAAGAAUUAGAACAUAGGGAUGAUGUCAGUGAAAGGCCUUAAUCUUGAGAGUAAAAGGCUUAUGUGGCUCAGUUAGACGGUGUCCUCUGGACAGGUGACCAGGGGUCAGUCCAGGGUCCCAGGCAGACCCAAGAGUUGAAGGUAGGGAGCUAGCGGUUCAUCUUGCCAAACCGGUGCCCUACAGAAAGGACUUAGGGUCUGACCCAGUCAGCUCUGCUGGGAGAGUGACCAGGGAGGUGAGGGCCCAGGUAAAGGUGUGCUUUCCUCUCAAAGGUCGGCUACAGGCAACAGGGACCACCUGGAUGGACCCAGCACAGCCGCACAGGGGGCAGAAAGGUCCUCUAGAAGGCCGAGUCCUGGGCUUUUGAGACACACUGAUGGUUAAAGGAAUCAGAAGCCAUUCAGGUCCAGGCCCAGGUACUCAGGUGGGUGACCCAGCCAGGUAAUAGUAUUUUGAGCCCAAAAUGAGAAGGGGCCAUGAGCUCAUGAGACAGAGUAUUUGACUGAGAUGUUAGCAGUAACUGAAGACAGUCCCAGAUCAGAAGUUUAAACAAAUGUCUCUUGUGACUGUGACACCGCUGGAGUUAGUUUGUGUAUGUUUGUGUGUCGGAUUUCCGUCUUGCUGCUUCAUUGCUGCCAGUGUCUUAAAAAAAGUUUUUUUUUUAAUCAACCCCUAGUCAGGUUCCCUGACAUAAGCACAAAGAAACAGGAAGACUGUCCCCCCAAAAAGGAUUUUCAGAACUUUUCCUUUUUCUAGAGUUGAGCAUCUUUUCUCUUAAAAGAAGCAAAGGAAGAAAAAAAGCCAUUUUAUUCCUGGAGAAGGAAUGAUACACCUUCCUCCCAAAAAAAAAAAAAAAGAAAACUCUGUCUGCCCCCAAAUGGCCUCAACCCUUAUUUGGCUCUCUUAAGGAGAGAAGAAUUAGGCUGUGUGUCCUUACCAGGUGGACCGUGAGGUGCACAACACCAGUGUUGACAGUUACUAGCCUGUUCUGUUCUAUAUUUUUGAUGAAGACCACUGUUCUUUCCCAGCAGAUGCUGUGCCUUAUGAGGGCGCCAGGGUAGCAGGCCAGAUGUAAUGACAAAUACAGUGUGAUAGGUGGCCAUGACCCUCCUUCUCAGGGUCAGAGAGCAACAAGGCAUGGUGGGGUCUGUGGCAAACUGAACCAUUCCUGUCCCACCUACAGGGGGCAGCUAUUCCAACCAGCAGGGGCCACAUAGUGGUUCCUGAGCUUCCCAUUUUUUCCAAGAGAAGCCAAGAAUCUGGAUUUUUAGAUGAAAAAUUCUGAUUUUUUUUUUUUGUAUUGGUAACUGAAUAAAAAAACUUUUUCUUUUAUCAAAUAUUCAGGUCCAACAGAACAUACAAGUGGGCCUAAUUGGCUGUUAGCUGCCAGAGUGCCACUCCUCCUUUAUGAGGUUUGAAAUGAAAGGCACCCAUGGUCAUUACAGAUGUCUGGUGCUACCAGAAAAUGCUCUUGCUAAGUGAAGCCUGUAGCUGGAUCACUUCUUUCCCCUACUUGCUCCCCCAGAGAAAUCUGAUAUGAUUGUGAAUGUAUUUGGAGUGUUUUGACUGUUCCCUUGCAUUUCACGGUGCCUUACGAGAAAGGCAAGCCAGUUGUUAAAUUCAAAGUCAGAUUAAUGUUUUACUCGUUUAAAACAUAAGACGCUUGGAACAAUUUUGUUGAAACUCCACAACCUGAAGGACCUUAUUUAUAGUUUGGGUUCUUGGCUUCAUCAGUUUUUUUAGAUGAUGUACAAUUCUGAGCUUAGGCCAAGACUUAAUAUGGAAAGCAGGCAUUGUGGGGAGUGACGCAAGGAAUCCCCAAGUGGCCACGAGAGGAAGGUAUCUGCGUCAUCCUCUGUGUUAAAUGACCUGUGAAUGGCCUCAGUUUUGGAGAUGUGAGAUGGUAUACGGAGAAAAGCUUUUCCUGAUCUUGAGAUACCAGUUAGGAGUCGUCAUGGGGCGUCGGGCCAGCCUCUCUGUAACACCUCCUUCCCAGGCACGGGGUGAGAAUAAACGAAAGAAAGUCAGACUGUAAGCCGAUAGCUUUGAUUCCGAUUUCAGAGUGUUGGGGCUGAGGGAAAGUUCGGAUGAUCUAACCUGUCCCCUCCCCACCCCCGCCCCGGUGUCAGACAGGGCAGCGCCUGAAUCAUGCCAGACAUACGGCUGUGCCGGGAUUCUGGGGUUUCCGCGAAGGAGAUGCUGUAACUUACCCUGCUGAUCAGAUAGUUCUCUGUAUGUCUUCCUCAUAGAAAUUCAACCCAGCCUUCCUUUGUUCUGCAUGCAGUGGAAAAAGUACAGCUGGUCACCUUCCGUGUAUUUGGAAACCACAGUGAAGUCAUCCCUUUGGUGAUGUUAUUUCAGUGAUAAAUAAUCCCACCUACUUAAAUCCUUCUUCACGGUGCUGGUUUCCCAACGGCUUAAUAACUUCUACUGCUUUUCUGUCCCUCGGCUUCUCUUUGCCCAAGCAGAAUGGGGUGCCAUGCCCACUGGGAAGGCCAAGCUCAGGAUGGGGAUUUCAGGGAAUUUUAUACAGGCCCAGCUUCUCUUACUACUUAAAAAUACAACAGCACUUUUUAAAAGACUGGUAUAUCACCUAUAUUCGUUUUGAGGAUUAUUUGACUGCCACAUAUUUCAUUUUUUUUCCCAUGGCAAUAUUCUCCUGUCAUACGGCGAUUUUCCCUCUUGCAGUCAGACCUGUGGUGCUUAUUCUCGAUGAGUCCAGUGUCAUUCCUGAGCUGCUUCAAGACCAGCUCUUAGCUCCUGAGUGGCAGCUACCCCUCCACCACAAAUCUGGAUUCUGCCUGUACGGAUCUCUAUAGACAUCACCUUUGCUCAUGACUUAGAGUCUCAUUCACUGGCGCAGACGCCCGUCUAACCCCUGGCGGGAGAGAGGGCACUUGCUAAGGGCUAAUUGACAGAGAGGGCGAGUGGGGACUUCUUGGGAGUUUUGACCCGCUGUCGUCUCUCCCGUUCUUCAGUUCCUCCCUGAAAUGCAGCAGGGACGGCAUACUCCUCGGGGAGCUUUUCCCUGUGCUCAAGCUGGAGCAAUGCCUCUGAACUGACUAGACACCAUGCUCCGUGCAGCCAGGAGUCUGACAAAGCAGACCAUGAUGACUGCUUAUCUGAUGUUUCUAUCAAACAAUUUCAUCUAAGAGUCAGAGAAACAUUCUUUUGUUUGUACGUGAUGUGGCUGCUCCAUCUGUUACACAAAAGGUACCAUUGGAUUUCCCCAGUGUGUUAUGUGUCUUGUUAAUUUUUUUUAGAAUGUUGUUUUUUUCUCUUAAACCCAUGGCGAGUCUGGAGAGAGCAAAAAUUUUUGUAAAAACCAACUGUGGUCAUGUAGAGAAUAGGUAGGUUCUAUUUUCACUGUUGGAUAAAAUAGUUCUUUUUCACUGCGGAAGCUCCCCAUGAGUGCUCCGAGGGGAAGCCUGUGGAACGCAGUGUGUGUUUUACCCUUGAGUUUGUCCUUUGUGCGACGCGGAGGCGUCGUGAGGGCUGUGGACCGUAGCAGUGCACUGUACUGUUACACUGAGGACGUGAACAUCUAUUUUGAUUGUACAUAACUAAAUAGGAGACAGAUCACAGCUGACAUUUGCAAAAUGUUGUUUUUGUACCUUAGAAUUUCUGCAUCGAAUAAAAUGUUUUGUUUUCAGA